AUGGACAACUCCUGUAUUGACAUUAACAGGGACAUGGACAACUCCAGCAUUGACAUUAACAGUGACAUGGACAACUCCAGCAUUGACAUUAACAGGGACAUGGACAACUCCAGCAUUGACAUUAACAGAGACAUGGACAACUCCUGUGUUGACAUUAACAGUGACAUGGACAACUCCAGCAUUGACAUUAACAGUGACAUGGACAACUCCUGUAUUGACAUUAACAUGGACAUGGACAAAUCCUGUAUUGACAUUAACAGGGACAUGGACAACUCCUGUAUUGAAAUUAACAGGGACAUGGACAAUUCCUGUAUUGACAUUAACAUGGACAUGGACAACUCCUGUAUUGACAUUAACAGGGACAUGGACAACUCCUGUAUUGACAUUAACAGGGACAUAAACAACUCCUGUAUUGACAUUAACAGGGACAUGGACAACUCCUGUAUUGACAUUAACAGGGACAUGGACAACUCCUAUAUUGACAUUAACAGGGACAUGGACAACUCCAGCAUUGACAUUAACAGGGACAUGGACAACUCCAGCAUUGACAUAAACAACUCCUGUAUUGACAUUAACAGGGACAUGGACAACUCCUGUAUUGACAUUAACAGGGACAUGGACAACUCCUGCAGCAUUGACAUAAGCAGGGACACGUAUCUCCAGGGGAAUCCCCUUCCCACUUUGUAG